AUGCACUCUUGCCCUCGCCACAGCCGCAGAUAUCACAGGGAAAAGUCUACGUAUCCUGCCACUGGGAGACUCCAUUACCGCAAGUCAUUCCUCGAAACGCGAAUUGUGCAAAGGACUGACAAGAACAAGUAUGGCUACCUCAGCAGCGACGGCAACGGCUACCGCCAAUACCUCCAGACCGACAUCAAGAACGCCGGCGCAAGCGUGACCUUCGUUGGCUCCGUGAAAAGCGGCACCAUGACGAACAACAACAACGAGGGUCAUUCCGGGUGGGUGAUCUCGCAGAUAGCAGGUGCUGCCGCCCAGAUCACAAGCUUGGAUCCGGGAAUCGUCCUACUGCAUGCCGGAACGAACGAUUGUAAUAACCCCAGUCUAGCUGCGACUGCAUAUCAGAGGUUGGGGAGCCUGGUAGAUCAAUUGAUCAAGCAGUGGCCUGAUGCUACCAUUCUCGUGGCGAAAAUCAUCCCAUCGACAAAUUCAGGAACAAACACAGCCAUCUCCAACUUGAAUGCUCAGAUACCCGGUCUCGUCGCCACCCGUGCAAACGCCGGCCACAAAGUCGCCGUAGUAGACAUGUCACCCCCAAACUUCACCACUAGCGAGCUUGGCGACUACCUUCAUCCCAGCGCCGAAGGCUACAAUAAGAUGGCCACCCUCUGGCUCGGCGGUCUGAACGCCGCUGCUGCAAGAGGGUGGCUUGGGGGUGCAGCCACUUCAUCGAUAACCUCUCCGAUCACGACCAAGGAGCCAACAAGCACAGCGAGGGCCACAAUAGUGACCUCGACGAAAACAAGUGCAGCCGCUGUCACAAGCACGGCGGCGACAGUGGCGAAGUACGGGCAAUGUGGCGGACAGGGGUAUUCUGUUCUGCUCGAGAAGAUGGGAUUGAGCUGA